CUCUUCCUCGCUCCUCAUUGCCGCCCACACACACCCCCAUUUAACUCCCACCACACCUCGGCAGCCCUUCCCUCUCCCUAUCCGGCUGCCGCCCUCAACCACAUGAUCGAGGUCAUGUCCUCGUCCAACCCGUGCGACGUCUGCCGCGGCGCCGGCGGCCCGUGCCCCCGCUGCACCGACCUCAACCGCGCGGCGCCGACGUUCGACGACCCGGUAAUUCGAGGCCCCGGCGAGCUGCGCGAGUUCCAGUUCUUCGGGCACGACAGCGCGGUGGCGUGGAUGUUCAACGAUCUGAACUACGACGGGCCGCCGCCGGAGGAGGAAAGGCCGCCGGUGCCCUCUGGGUACCAGCCUCUUUGUAGCUUGAGAGAAACCAGCGAUGAGUUCGGAGAUGGGUUGACUUUUGAUGUCUGCUUGAGUGCGACUCGGCCGCCGGACUCGAUCCAGGUCUCGACCGCGGCAGGUCUGGCCAUGAGACAGCCAGCGUCGAGCGCCACCAUCAUGUCCUUCUCGGGCACCACAUUCACGGACGCUUCGAGUGGGAGCAACCAAGAGGUGGGACAUCCCACGGACGGCGGCCGAGGCAGCGACGCCAGCAGGGAGAGAGAAGCCAAGAUCAUGAGGUACAAGGAGAAGCGGAAGAAGCGGCGGUACGAGAAGCAAGUGCGGUACGAGUCGAGGAAGGCGUACGCGGAAAUGAGGCCGAGGGUGAAAGGCCGGUUCGCCAAGACGCUGGCUGCGAACGACCAGCCGCCGCCGCCGGAGAGGUCUUAUGAUCCUAACAGCCUUGGUUUCAGCUGGUUCCGUUCCUAGCUAGACCUUGAUCCUUGAGCUGUGGUUUCGAUCUAACAAGUGUGACAGUGCUUUGAUCCUUAAUUGCUGCUUUACUCUUGUAUUGCUUGCUAAUCUUACUGUUGUAUUGCUUUUAAUCAUAUGUACUCUUGAGAUUAUGAGUAUCAACUCCCGAAUAUACACUCUUGUUCGUGUUA